AUGCGGGGUCCCUCCUUUCCCUCGUGGGGGCCGCCGCCGCCGCAGCUGCUGCUGCUGCUGUUGCCGUGGCCAGUCUGGACCCAGGCGCCCGCCGCAGCCGCCUCCUGGGGAACCCCGGGCGCCCUAGACUGCCCCGAGGCCUGCGUGUGCGCGCCGGGGGGCCAGGCCAACUGCUCGGGGCGCGCGCUGCCCGCCGUGCCAGGGGGCUUGAACCGGCGCGUCCGCGUGCUGCUGCUGAACCACAACCGCGUGCACGCGCUGCCUCCCGGCGCCUUUGUGGAUGCCGGCGCGCUGCUCCGCCUGGACCUGCGCGAGAACGGACUGCGCUGGGUGCACGCGCGGGCCUUCUGGGGCCUGGGCGCGCUGGAGCAGCUAGACCUCAGCGCCAACCAGCUAGAGGGGCUGCUGCCCGGCACUUUCGCGCCACUGCGCGCUCUGCGCGCCCUCUCGCUGGCUGAGAACCGGCUGGCGCGCCUAGAGCCCGCGGCGCUGGGCGCGCUCCCGCUGCUGCGCGCGCUCAGCCUGCAGGACAACGACCUGCCUGCGCUCGCGUCCGGGCUCCUGGCUGGCCUGCCGGCUCUCAAUACGCUGCGCCUGCGCGGCAACCCCUGGACCUGUGGCUGCGCGCUGCGCCCGCUCUGCGCCUGGCUUCGCGGACACCCGCGGCACGCGCCAGAGGCCGAGACGCUGCUUUGCGUAUCGCCGGGGCGCCUGACGCUCAGCCCCUUGACCGCCUUCCCGGACGCCGCCUUCAGCCACUGCGCGCGGCCCCUUGCCGCCCAGGAUCUGGCCGUGGUCUAUGCUCUCGGGCCCGUCUCCUUCCUCGCUAGCCUGGCCGCCUGUCUGGCCCUGGGCUCCGCGUUCACUGCCUGCGGCGCUCGCCACCGCCGCCGCCGCCGCCGCCGCGCCGCCGCCCGCCGCCAGCAGAGGCGGCAGCCGGAUCCUGGCCCCGGCCCAGCCUCACCUGCGGCCACCGCCGCCCAAGCUUGA